GCACGUGUCCUUUGACCCGGGGCUUUGUGCUAAACAUCCGGGCUAAGUGCGGUAUAGUGGGGAAGAUGGCGGCGUUGGUGGUACCUGCUGAUUGGAUCAGAAACUGGGAAAAAUCGGGGAAAAAUGAGUUUUUACAAUUAUGUCGGAAUCUUGCAGAAAGUAAACCAAGUGAUGACGUGACAUUAAGAGAAAGCUCAGCUGCCACAUUGGAAAGAAAACAGGAGCAUGACGAUAUCCAGGCUGCUCUGUAUGAGCUGGCGUGGCAGGUCAUUAAAGGCAAUCUCAAACUUGAUCAGGCUGCUAGCGUUCUUAAUGAUGUAAUGGAAUUUCGAGAAGAUAUGUCGUCAAUUUUAGCUGAUGUUUUCUGCAUUUUAGAUAUAGAAACAGGUUGCUUGGAAGAAAAAAAUAAGCGAGAGCAUUUUACCCAGUUGGUUGGAGCGUGUUUGGUCCUGGUACCGGACACGGUGCUGAAGGAGAGGCUGGAUCCCGAGACUCUGGAAUCCCUCGGACUCAUCAAGCAAGCCCAGCAGUUUAAUCAGAAAAUUGUCAAAAUAAAAACCAAACUAUUUUAUAAGCAACAGAAGUUUAACUUGCUAAGAGAAGAAAAUGAAGGCUAUGCGAAGUUGAUAACUGAGCUGGGUCAAGACUUGUCCGGGAAUAUCACCAGCCGUUUAGUCCUUGAGAACAUCAAGUCUUUGAUAGGAUGUUUUAAUUUGGACCCGAACCGUGUGUUGGACAUCAUCCUUGAAGUCUAUGAAUGUAGAUCCGAUCAAGACGAAUUCUUCGUACCUCUUAUUAAAUCUUAUAUGUGUGAAGCACAAACACUGUGUCACAUCUUGGGAUUUAAAUUUAAAUUUUAUCAGGAACCAAACGGGGAGACGCCCUCGUCGCUUUAUCAUGUCGCCGCUGCACUGCUGCAGCAUAACUUGAUCGAGCUGGAGGAUCUCUACGUGCAUCUGCUUCCUAUGGAUCCCAGUAUCCUGGAGGAACACAAGCGGGAGAUUACAGAAGCCAAGCAGAUCGCCCGGAAGCUCACUAUGGUUGUGGUGCCUUCUGAAAAGACAGAGGAGAAGGAUAAAGAAAAAGAAAAGGAGGAGGAGAAGAAUGAAAAGCCCCCUGAUAACCAGAAGCUUGGGCUCCUGGAAGCUUUAUUGAAGAUUGGUGACUGGCAACACGCACAGAGUAUCAUGGACCAGAUGCCUUCGUUUUAUGCCGCAUCCCAUAAGUCUAUAGCUGUCGCUCUUUGUCAGCUGCUUCAUAUUACCAUCGAACCCUUAUACCGAAGAGCUGGGGUCCCUAAAGGUGCCAAAGGAGCUCUCAAUCGGCCGCUGAAAAGCAAGCAAGCUCCCAAGCCUGCUGAGGCAUUUGAGGAUCUGAGGAAGGAGGUGUUCACCAUGCUGUGCUACCUGGGCCCUCAUCUUUCCCAUGACCCCGUCUUGUUUGCAAAGAUUGUGCGCUUGGGCAAAGGAUUCAUGAAAGAGUAUCAAAAUGACAAACAAGAGGACAAGGACAGAAUGGACACACUGUUGAGCUGCUUUCUCAGUAUAACAGACCAGGUUUUGCUCCCCUCGCUGACACUAAUGGACUGUAAUGCCUGUAUGUCUGAGGAGCUCUGGGGAUUAUUCAAAAUGUUUCCCUACCAGCACAGGUAUCGUCUUUAUGGACAGUGGAAAAAUGAAACCUACAACAGUCAUCCUCUGCUUGUAAAAGUCAAAGCCCAAACGGUUGACAGAGCCAAAUAUAUUAUGAAGCGAUUGACCAAGGAAAAUGUGAAGCCUUCUGGAAGACAGAUUGGAAAGCUGAGCCACAGCAACCCAACCAUUCUCUUUGAUUACAUGUUGUCUCAGAUCCAGUGGUAUGACAACCUCAUAACGCCUGUUGUCGAUUCUCUGAAGUAUCUCACUUCACUGAACUACGAUGUCUUGGCUUAUUGCAUUAUUGAAGCGCUGGCAAAUCCUGAGAAGGAGAAAAUGAAGCAUGACGACACCACCAUUUCUGCCUGGUUACAGAGCCUUGCAAGUCUUUGUGGUUCAGUUUUCAGAAAGUACCCUAUAGAGCUGGCAGGUCUCCUUCAGUAUGUGACAAAUCAGCUUAAAGCUGGAAAAAGUUUUGAUCUGCUAAUUCUCAAAGAAGUGGUUCAGAAAAUGGCUGGGAUUGAAAUUGCAGACGAGAUGACACAAGAACAACUCGAGGCCAUGACUGGUGGGGAACAGUUAAAAGCAGAGGGUGGCUAUUUUGGACAGAUCCGGAACACCAAGAAAUCAUCCCAGAGGCUGAAGGACGCUCUCCUGGACCAUGAGCUGGCUCUCCCCCUCUGUCUGCUCAUGGCCCAGCAGAGGAAUGGAGUUGUCUUUCUGGAGGGGGGAGAGAAGCAUCUCAAACUUGUUGGGAAGCUCUACGAUCAGUGUCACGAUACACUUGUACAGUUUGGAGGAUUUUUAGCAUCCAAUCUCAGCACAGAAGAUUACAUAAAGCGAGUACCGUCCGUGGACAUCCUCUGUAACCAAUUCCACACGCCCCACGAUGCAGCAUUUUUCUUGUCAAGGCCCAUGUACGCACACCAAAUAUUGUCUAAAUACGAUGAGCUGAAGAAGACUGAAAAGGGAAACCGACAGCAGCAGAAAGUCCACAAGUACAUCGCGGCCUGCGAUCUGGUGAUGGCUCCUGUCCACGAUUCAGUGGUCUCCCUGCACCCCCCCAAGGUCUGGGAUGACAUCAGCCCUCAGUUCUAUGCCACGUUCUGGUCGCUCACGAUGUAUGACCUCGCUGUGCCACACAAUGCCUACGACAGGGAGGUCAACAAACUCAAAGUUCAGAUGAAAGCCAUUGAUGAAAAUCCAGAAAUGCCCCCAAACAAGAAGAAGAAGGAGAAGGAGAGGUGUACUGCACUUCAGGACAAGCUUCAAGAGGAGGAGAAGAAGCAGCUGGAGCAUGUCCAGAGAGUCCUGCAGAGGCUGAAACUGGAGAAAGACAACUGGCUUUUAGCAAAAUCCACUAAGAACGAGACAAUCACAAAGUUCCUCCAGCUGUGCAUAUUUCCUCGCUGCAUUUUCUCUGCCAUUGACGCAGUUUACUGCGCCCGCUUUGUGGAGCUCGUGCACCAGCAGAGAACACCCAACUUCUGCACCCUCCUGUGCUACGACAGGGUUUUCUCUGACAUUAUCUACACUGUGGCAAGCUGCACAGAGAAUGAGGCCCGGCGCUAUGGGCGCUUCCUCUGCUGCAUGCUGGAUACUGUGACAAGGUGGCACAGCGACAGAGCCAUUUACGAAAAGGAGUGUGGAAAUUACCCAGGGUUCCUGACCAUUCUGCGGGCAACUGGUUUUGAUGGAGGAAACAAGGCAGACCAGCUGGAUUAUGAAAACUUCCGCCAUGUUGUCCAUAAGUGGCAUUAUAAAUUAACUAAAGCUUCGGUGCACUGCUUGGAGACUGGCGAAUACACCCACAUCCGGAAUAUCCUGAUUGUGCUCACCAAGAUCCUGCUGUGCUACCCCAAAGUGCUGAACCUGGGGCAAGCCCUGGAGCGCAGGGUGCACAAGAUCUGCCUGGAGGAGAAGGAGAAGAGGCCUGAUCUUUAUGCGUUGGCUAUGGGCUAUUCCGGGCAGUUGAAAAGCAGGAAACCGUACAUGGUGCCCGAGAACGAGUUCCACCACAAAGAGCUGCCAGUGAGGAACACCGGCCCUACCACGGUGCAGAACGGACCGGGUAGCGCUGGCAAGCCUGCGUCCACCACCAGCACCGGCAAACCCGAGGAGGGAGCCUCCGAGGAGAAUGAAAAAUCCAAGGAGAAGUCUCAGAGUGCUGUGAAAGCUGCAAGCAAAACCAACAAUACAACACCAAAGGUCACCACCAGCAAUGGAAAUGGUGCUACGAAUAGCACAAAGUUAAUCAAGGAGAAGGAAGACAAAGACAAAAGUGGGAAGGAAAAAAAUAAGGAGAAGAAAGAGAAAACACCAGCUGCCACUCCAGAGGCCAAAGUCCCGGGGAAGGAGAAACAGAAAGAAGAGAGGACAGGCAAAGAGGAGAAGACCCGGGAGACCAAGGAGAAGACCCCCAAAUCCGAGAAGGAGAAGUUCAAGAAAGACGAGAAGGCCAGCAAGGACGACAAAGCAAAGGCGAGCGGUGGCGAGUCGAAGUCAUCUGCCGAGAAGGAGAGAGAGAAGGAGCCGUCCAAGGAGAGAGAUGUAGCCAAGGAAGCCAAAACUAAGGAGAGCAGUAAAGGAGAGAAGGCAGCAGUGGCUGGGUCCUUGAAGUCGCCCGUUCCCCGGUCUGAAUCCUCAGAGUCUGAGAGGGAACAAAAACGACGCAAACUUGAUACCCACUCUUCACCAUCACAUUCCUCCACUGUUAAGGAUAAUCUCAACGAACUCAAGGAUUCAGCCACAAAGCACUACACCAACCACAGCACAGCCACACUAUCCAAGAGCAAAGAGAGGGAGGUGGAUAAGAAAGAUAUGGAGAAAUCCAGGGAUCGAUCGAGAGAAAGAGAAAAGAAGGAGCGGAAACGAGAUCAUUCAAACAGUGACCGUGAAGUGGCUCAAGAAUUAAAACGCCGGAAAGAUGAAAAUGGAACAAGCUCCUCAAAGCACAGCAAGAGCGAAAGCCCGUCCAAUUCCCCACAACCCAACGAGAAGGAAAAAAGCAAAAGCUCAAAAUCAUCUAGCAAAGAGAAAAGUGAUUCAGCCAAACCGGAGAAGGGUUCAUCUGGAGGCAAAAAGGAGUCGCGACACGAUAAAGAAAAAGCUGAAAAGAAAGAGAAGAGGGAAAGCACUGGAGCGAAGGAAGACAAAAAACACCAUAAAUCAUCGGACAAGCAUAGAUAAUGUAUGUUGAUGCAGCCAAGAUGAAAUUUGCCGUUGGCUGCCACAGUCCCCGAUUUCAGACCUGAUUUUACUAAAAUGCAUCUGGAUGCUAUGGAGUUAGGCUUUUAUUGUUUUUCCUUUUUGUAUGGAUCACCGUGAAAACAGAGGACCCAGCUAAAGUAUAACGUGUUUAUUUACUGCCUGCACAAAUAUUCUUUGUUGUUUUGCCUAAAAAAUAAAAACGGUGUGUUGGUGUCUUUUUAACCUGAUCUUUUUCGUUACGUUCCUGUGUAUUUUCAGUAAACAGCUGAAAGUCUGCUUCCCUUUACUCUGAGCACAAUGUGCUGCAAACAGGACCGUGUAAUUGAGUUCAGACUGUUCCUACAGGAUGUCCAAAUGGAAAAGCAUUUGGGUUUUUGUCAGUGUUUCCCCAUUACAAAUAUACUUCUUCUUUUGGCAUUUAUCUAAUUUUGGACUCCAUUUUAUUUAUUUUUCUUUGAAUCCAUGUAUACUUAGCAGUAGCUCUGUUUCAAACAUUGAAAAUGGUAUAUUUGUAUAUUAUGUAUACAGUAAUAAAAUGGUUCCCUGUAAUUAAAAUCAGAUUAUUUGUUAGUUUCAUUUCAAAUGUUCCUUGCAAUUAUUAUUUUUUUUGUGUGUGUGUGUUUUCCUCACAAUGUUUUUAAAUGAAUUGUAUAAAAGUUGAAUAACUUGAUGACACAAAUAUAAGUGUGGCUUGUAUAACCGCAGGAGAUUUGUAUUGCCAACAUUUAGUCAAAGUUUCAGAAUUACUUUUUUGCAAUUUUUAUCUGCUGUAUUCUACCAGUGUAAGUUUUUUUUUUUUUUCCUAAAUAAAUGAUAGUUUUCUCAGUGGGUCGUAAA